UUGUUGCUCAAUUCGGAGAUAGUUUUAUCCAAGUUGGUUUCGGAUUGGGAGUUGAGGAGAGCGAGAAAAUGGCGGCACCUCCACUUCCAAAUCCUUUCCUCCCGCCAUUUUCAUUCACGAGCUAUAGACAGAGCCCUAAUUUAUAUUUUCCAGCUAGUACUGCCAUCGCCGGCUCACGGUGGGCUACUCCGUUUGUAUCUUGUUCUGCUACUACCGUCAGAGUUGGAGAAGGAGUCAAUCCAGAUGAUUAUCAUUCAACUUUAAGAGCUCUCAAUUCCAAAGGCCGCGUGCCCAGAAAAUCUCUCGGCCAGCAUUAUAUGUUGAACUCUUCAAUUAACGAGCAGUUGGCUGCUGCAGCUAAUGUUAAAGAGGGUGACGUAGUAUUGGAAAUUGGGCCUGGAACUGGGUCGUUAACCAAUGUCCUUAUUAACUCAGGUGCAACGGUGCUUGCAGUUGAGAAGGACUCAUAUAUGGCUGCUCUUGUAGAUGAAAGAUUUGCUAACACAAACAGAUUGAAGGUUCUGAAUGAGGACUUUGUUAAAUGCCACGUGAGCUCACAUAUGAUGUCUUUUCUCAAAAGUAUUGAGUUGUCUGAAGCAAGAUCACAACCUGCUAAAGUAGUCUCCAACAUACCUUUCAAUAUAAGUACAGAUAUAAUUAAACAACUUCUUCCAAUGGGAGACAUAUUUUCAGAAGUUGUUCUUUUACUCCAGGAGGAGGCUGCUCUACGCCUGGUGGAAACAUCUCUGAGGAGAUCUGAAUAUCGACCCAUCAAUGUAUUUGUGAAUUUUUAUUCAGACCCUGAAUUGAAAUUUAAAGUUCCGAGGACAAACUUUUUUCCUCAGCCUAAUGUUGAUGCAGCUGUUGUAUCUUUCAAGCUGAAGCAAGCAGCAGACUGUCCUGCAGUUUCAUCCACCAAAAGUUUCUUCUCAAUGGUUAACUCAGCAUUCAAUGGAAAGCGUAAAAUGUUAAGAAAAUCUCUUCAACACAUAUGCACAUCCUCAGAGAUAGAAAAAGCUUUAGAAGAUUCUAGCCUUCCCCCAACUUCAAGACCGGAGGAGCUAAGCUUAGACGAUUUUGUUAGGUUGCACAAUUUGAUAGUGAAACAGUAGUUCCUGUGGCAUUAACUUGAAAAAAUGAUCAAUCCAAGUUCCUACAGGAUGACUAUUUCCUACUUUGGAAACCAUCACUAGUUAAGAAUCCAAGAAACGCUCAAUUGGUGGCUCUGCGAAGAAGGUUGGAAGGAGGAGUAUCAGUAUAAGAUAUGCUCAUUCACCGUUUUUAACCUAAACAUAAAAGAAGAAAGGAAGGAGAGUGAAGGGGAUGGAGUAUGUGAAGUCAACUGAGAAGGAAAAGGAAGCGUCUACAACAGCUCUAAGAGAAGGAUCACUCACUGGAAGCUACCGAAGCGAAAAAGCAGGUUCAAUUCUUUUAAUUUCUUGUUCUUUCCUUCUCUUAGUUGUUAUUUAUACGAGCGACUUGUUGUUACUGUUCAUAUUUAGCAUGAAAUGAACUCUUCUAGUUGUAUUUGUAUGUACUGAAUUCUUGUAUUGGAAAGGAUAGAAGUCCGUGAGUUGAAAUUUAAAAUCAUGCAUUCCUUCA